AUUUUUCAUCAAACACUUGAAAGUGAAGUGCAUACCUCAAAGAACUAUCUUAUUCAUAAUUCUUUGAGAAAUGGCUUCAAGAGUUGCUGCAUCCACUGCCCUUCUCCUCUCCCUCAAUCUUCUCUUCUUCACUUUGGUGAGCUCGACCUAUUGCCCACCGCCACCAUCGAAACUCCCUAAACCGCACCCUACCAACCCAACACCGGUGCCAUCAACAAACCCGGGUAAAUGCCCCAAAGAUACUUUGAAGCUUGGUGUAUGUGUUAAUCUGCUCAAGGAUUUGCUGAGUGUUACAAUUGGUAAACCACCAAAGACCCCUUGUUGCAGCCUUAUCGCCGGUCUUGUUGAUCUUGAAGCUGCGGUUUGCCUUUGCACUACCAUUAAGGCUAGUCUCUUGGGCAUCAACUUAAACCUUCCGGUUAACUUGAGCUUGUUGCUUAACUACUGUGGCAAGAACGUUCCUACAGGAUUCGAGUGCCCAUAAAUAAUUCAGUCCAUUUUGCAUCAUGGCAUAAAAAUUGUUUUAGCUAUUCUUUCCUAAAGUUUGCUUUGUUUUCUUUGUACUAUCGUUUUGGAUCCAUGUUUAUGGUCUAUGCCAUAGACAUUAGACCAAUUGAUUAUCCUAAAUAAAUUAUUACUUGCAUUA